CACCGUUUUCCUUUCAUCCGAGGCAGAGCUUGAUCAUGGCCCCGCCGAAAGGUUCCAAGCAACCAAAAUCUAGGGAUGAUACCCCUUGCACGGAUCCAGCGGUCACGACGGUAAGCUUUCCAGCUUGCCUAAGCCUCAUUCCUCCUUCGGCCGUUUCCAUUUGUAUUCGCGCGAAGCCGGGAUCAAAGACUUCUGCCAUCACCGAUGUUAGUGAAGAAGCCGUUGGCGUGCAGAUUGAUGCGCCGGCGAGGGACGGCGAGGCCAACGCUGCUUUGAUCGACUUCAUAAGUUCGGUUUUAGGGGUAAAAAGAAAACAAGUGUCCAUAAGUUCAGGUUCAAAAUCAAGGGUGAAAGCCAUACUUGUGCAAGAAGUAACUAUCGAGAACGUCUUUGAUGCUCUGAAUAAGGCAUGCAAAGGUCAAUGAUAAACACGCGGAUUUGGGAGAUUAUCAGUAAGUUACAGCUGUAUCUAGAAGCCACAAUAUUUUUAUUUCUUCUUUUUGUUUUGUUGAAUGAAAUCAUUCUCGGUUUCAGAUAUAGUAGGUCUAAAGCUGUACGCUUCUGGUGGUGUCUCAGAUGUAUUUAACAUGUGAGUCAUCUGUACGAAAUCUUAGUUUGGCAUUUGGACUGGAAGAUAAAGAAUAAUAGUUGGGGCUUUACAUUGGUA